CAGCAGGCCUGAAUGUUGAAAAUGUUUUGCUAAACUGGGUAAACUCAAUGAUUAAAUCCCAUUGUAACUCUUACACAAAAUAUAUUGCCUCAAAUAGCUAUAAAGAAUCAAAUAGGUCUUCUGUUAAGAACUAUAGUAGCCGGGUGCAAACUUAUAUUGAAAGUGAGAAAAAGAAAGCAGAAGAGAAACGAGCUGAAGAAAUUCAGAGGAUACAGGACGAGGCUACCACCAAGACUCUUCAGAGAGAAGCCCAGAAGCUUAGAUUAGAGACUGACAAUAAAUUUGAUGUUCUUUAUCACCAUGCUAAAUGUACAGACAAGGUCAAGGCAUGAGCUAGGUGUAAAUAUCUUGAGGAAAGGAAGAAGAAUGAAAGUGCCACCUCUAAAUCUCAGGAAAGAAUGAACGAACUAAAGCAUCUGCAUUUGGGUGUCGAUCUCCUAGACCAGAAGAAGAAAGAACUUGCUCUAAAUGGAUCUACCUUGUUCUUUAAAGAUAGUGUGUAUAAGCCCCUUGAAUAUCUUGAUGCAAUUGUAGAGAGGGACUACAGUACCUUACUACUUGUCCUUUCCUUCUUGUUGCCAGAGUUGUUCAUAGAUUUACUCCCAAAGAAGGAAUGGAGAAGCAAAAGUGUAUUCAGGCCAAAUUUAUUUACCCUAAAAUAUGAAGAUGUCAUUGUUAUGAGAGAGGAUAUUGAGUUUCUCCCUAAAUAUGUUAAGCUCAAGUUCUUGUACCAAGUCAUUAAGAAAUUUGAUCUCAAAGUGUUCCAAAAAGAUUACAAUAUUUCAGGCGAGGAUCCAGAAGAGCCUGAUAUAGAAAGUAGCGAUUCUGGAGAAGAUCAAGAUUAUUUCGAAGAGAAGUACGAAGAACUUUCAGAGUUCUUCAAGAACAGCUCUGUGUUCUAUUUUACUCUUCUCCACAAGUUAUUUACAAGUAAAUACAAUUGUCUGAAUCUGGAUGAUCAAGAAAUUUCCUUCAUGGAAGAGACAAAAGAGGAAGUUUCUGGCACUCCAAAGAAAAGGUGUUUGACUGACUACCAAGGACUUGUCACAUCGAAUAUCACAAUGUCCAACUGCAUGAUGAAUCAAAAACAACUCCAAAAGCCUUUAACAACAAUAAGGCAAGAGAAGGCAUUCUAUCAACUAGAGAUGGACCAGUCUCUUAUUGACAGGAUAAACGAGAGUACAUCUUCUCAAUGUAAUUUUAACAAUGAGACUAUUGAGAAGAUAUGCAAGGUGUUCACAUACUUGGCCGAUAACCCUGAGUCUUACUCACAGUUAUACCAGCUGGCUGUUGACCAGAGUACUCAAGUGUAGAAAGCUUAUUAGAGCAUGGGUCUGAUCAUAAUUGGUCUUUGAGGCAGAAGCAUCAGUAGUAUGUUUUGCAACAUUGGUUACUGAAUACUGAUGUAUCAGCUUAGAUAUGCUUUCAGACCACGUUUUAGAUUUAAACAUAAGUUUCCA